AUCUCGUAACCGACCUCUCGCAUCAUCGCAGAGUGAGCGAGCGGAUUGGCAUCCUUCGUCCCAGCAGCACGCACUUCGUGUUGGUGUUGUUCCCUAUUUGUUCCACCUUCGUUGGAUAGACUGUGUCUCUCUCGUGAUUGCGUUCGUUCUCCGUUGUCCGUCCUUCGUUGGCUCGAUUGAGUCAGGAGACUCUAGAGGAGGGUUGAGACGUCAGGCACUCACUCCAUCCAUCCAUCCGCACACAUGCAACUGGAGAGGAGGAGAUCAUCUGACACAACAAGAGCGCCAGUACUACUACCACCCCCACCAUCAUCAUCGGCCCCUCCACGACCAGAGUGAAGCGACCUCGAAACAAGUGCAACCAACCUCCGAGGUCCCAGGAACCGAGUAAGACACACUCUCACACACACACACACAGACAUACACACCCACAGCCAGAGAGGAACAGAGUGAGGCACCGAGAGUGAGGACGUUGUUUGCCGAGGCAACUCGAUGAUUGUUGUUCUCCUUCUUCCCGUUGUUCAGACUCAAAGACUUGGAUAAAAAGGGAAGAAGGAGGAGGAAGAGUGGAAACAGGAUAAGAGGAUGUGUGCGUGGAAGAGAGGCCGAGAGGCAAGAAAGGAUGGAUGGAUGAAUGGACCUCGAGCUCCGGCCACAAGAGGAACAGCGUUGCCUGGCUCGAGUUCGACCGUCGUGAGGACGCACGAAUAGCCAUACCUAAUAGUCGAGGAUUGUCCUCUGGAGCGAGAAGAGGAGCUCAGAUUCAUUGUUCAACGAUGAGCCAGAGCGAGAGGAGGUGGGGCUGGAGGAACCUCUGGACAUACCGCCAAUCCUCUUGACUCGACGCCGUCGUUUCUGCAUCUUUGACCUAGAGAUUAAUAACCAAAUCUGGAGCGACCCACAUCGACCCAGUGACACCACUAGUCCCACUCGAGGCCGUCUACGGACUGAGCGAACUUCAGGUCUUGACGGGACCUUCAAUCAGCUUGCACAGCUUGCCGUGCACAUGUGUAUGAGUGAACGAGGUCUCUUUUUAUCUGGCCGGGCUUUAAAGAUAUCAGGAGAGGCCCGCCGUCCUGUCGUCCUGUCGUCCUGCCUAGUCCUGCCUAGUUCCAGGUGAACAACAAACACUAACUCACUCUUCUUCUUCCUCGUCUUCGUGAACAAUCAUCAUCAAUUCAUCAUCGUCCACAGCAACGAGCUCUGGAUAAAAGUCCAGCUGAUUGUCGGCUCAACGACUUAUCUUGCGUCUUCAUACAAACAGCCCAACUAGUGAGUGAUUCCAGUGUCAAAUGAGGGCGAUCCUCAUGGUUCUGACCCGACUUGUCGACCUGUAGAUCCGUGGGAAAACCUUCUCCUCCCGUCCCAGACUCGUCCGUGCAUAAGGCCUCGACUUCAUGAUGAGUGGCGGCGGAGGCGGUGAUCAACGCGAUGACAUCACGAAAAAGACGUUUGGAAAGUGGCUCAAUUCCCAUCUGACGGAUCGACCCGGGGCCCGCACCGUUACGGACCUCUAUUAUGACCUGCGUGACGGGCACAUCCUCCUGGAUGUACUGGAGGUGUUGACCCAGCGCAAGAUCCGCCAUGAGCGCGGCUCUUUGCGGGUCCACAAGCUCUCCAACGUGAACACCGUGCUCAAUGUGCUCAAGGAGAACCAAGUGAAGUUAGUCAACAUUGGUAAUGUCGACAUUGUCGAUGGGAAUCCCAAGAUCACAUUGGCCCUUGUGUGGUCCGUCAUUUUGCAUUGGCAGUUCGAUAAGGUCUUGGGCCAGGAUAUGAAACACGUGUCCAAUCUGGAGUCUAGUUUGUUGGCCUGGUGCCGCCAAACUGUGUCCGAGUACAAAGGUUAUGGCGUGAAUAUCAGUGAUUUCUCCACCUCCUGGCAAGAUGGUUUGGCCUUCGCGGCCCUCGUGCAUAGUUCAAAGUCAGAUUUGUUUGAUUGGGAGAUGGUGUCCAAGAAAUCGCCACAGGAUCGCCUAGAUUAUGUGUUCCAGAAGAUUAAGGAUCGAUUGAACAUUGCUCAGCUCCUUGAUCCGGAAGACAUCAUCGGCACCCGACCCGAUAAGAGGUCGGUAAUGACCUAUGUGAUGUGCCUUUUUCAUGUUCUGCCCCAUGAGACGAUUGACCUCGAGACUCUGCAGGAUGUGUCUAUCGAAUCCGACCCCGAACUGCAACGAUCCCAAGAGUGUAUCGGCUCGCCCUUGAAAACCCCCAUCAAGGAAUUGACCAAAGGAGAGCCCAUGACCUACAAUAUGUUUUGCCAAGUCCAUGAAGAUGCCCUGGAGUGGUUACUGGAUGUGGAAGAUAAGCUAAAACAGCUAGAGCCCGUGAGCAAUCAUUUAACCGAGGCUCGGAGCCAGUUUCUAAGGGAUGGUUCAUUCAUGGCCGAAGUCCACGACCAACACGGAUCAAUAGGCGAGGUCUUGUCCGAGGGGUCUUUUCUUUUGGAGCGAGCCGUCCUCACAGCAUUUGAAUCGAAGGACGUCCGCAUUCGACAAAAGCUUCUAAGCGAUCGAUGGGAAGCCUUCCGAGGAAUGGCCCUCAAACGUCAAAACGAACAAACCGAGGUCGUCACGAGGCUCCAAGAGAUCGAAGUUGGAGAAAUCAGGGACUGGAUGACCUCUACAGAGGAUAAAAUAUCUAGAAUGGGUCUAUGUGGAGCCUCAAUUAUGCUGGUAGAGAAGCAACUUCAUGAGCAAUCCGAGUUACAAAAAGAAUUUGAGGUGCAAGAGGCCAAGUUCUCCGAAUUUAUCGACAUUGUGCCUUCUUCAUCUUCGUCGUCGUCAUCGUUGUCGCCGUCUUCGGUGGCAGGGGCAGGAAAUCGCCAAAGUGGAAACUUGAAAGGAGAUGAUGGAUCUGGCGAUCUUGAAGGUCAACUCAUGGCUCUUGGGGAGCGAUGGACCGUGUUGUGUACUUGGAUUGAAGAGAGGUGGAAAUUCCUCACCAAAGUUGCGAAUACGUGGAAAAAAGUGGAAAAGGAGCAAGACAUUCUUAGAGCAUGGCUCUCAAGAGUAGAAAAGUCCCUUCGUCAAAUGGAACGGUCACCAACCGAGGAUCGACUCGAACUCGAAGAGCAAUGCAGAGUGAUAACAAGCAUUCAAGAUGAGUUGAUCAAAGACAAGGUGAAGCGUUUCAACCAUUUGGAGGCUUUAUCGGACACGUUAUUAGACACAUUCGAAAAGGAUAACCAAGAGGCGAGACAAGUUAUUGAGGCACAGAUGGAAGACCUACAGGACAGGUGGGAUAUUCUAACCGAGAGUAUGGAAGCUCAGAAGCAGCGAUUUUCCAGCCUCGGUUUCCGUUUAAAGAAGAAUCCGACCGACCUUUUGGACAAGCUCCCCAAUGCUCCAUCGAAAACGCCAUCCAGCGUUCCAGAUGUCGUUCAAGUGGGUGGGGGCGAAGAGGAUGACAAAGUACCUGACGAAGCCUUGACGAAACGAAAGAUCACGGGGACGAAACGAAUCGAGUUCGAAUCUCAGUAUGUCAGAAUCUCGUCCUGGCUUCAAAAGACCGCCCAAACGCUCUCGGAGCACGUCAACCAAGAGUCUUUCCCAACCGAGGAAAGUCUGGAGGAGGAGAGGAUUGCGCUCUAUGAGUCCAUUCUCAAAGAUGUGAGUGAGGGCCUUCCUGAUGCGGAGGAAGCCCUCCGAUUAGGCCAGGAACUUAUUCAAGACAUACAGGCCGAGGAGGAUUUCCCUCCUGAUUAUCUUAGCAAUGUGACCGACAAAGUCACCUCUCUCCAGACGGAUCAAGAGGCUCUCAACUGUGAUAGUGAUCGACUUACCAAUCGAUGCGAGUACCUCAAAUGUAAAAGGAAGUUCUAUAGCGACUUUGAAACUCUCAAGAUCAAGGUGCGCGGCUUCGAGCAUUGGCUGGACCAAUUGAACAUGGAUGCCAUUUGUCGUGAUCUGGAUGCCAUUGAGAGCACUUUGGAAGUGUGUGCCUCGAAGAAGUCCAUGCUGAACUCCUAUGAUCACAUCGUGCAUGAUAUGAAGGAGCUCUCAAAUGAGGUAUCCCUUCAUCCUGGUGCUCUCGAGGAUCCAUCCAAUCGGGUCAAGACCGAUAUUUACGCUUUCUGUGAUAAGUGGGACAAGCUCGAGAAUCAGAUUUCGCAAAAGCAAUCAGCUUUGGUGAAACAUAAACGCAGCAUUCAAAAGAAAGUCAGUGGUGGCAGCCACGCAGCAAAUCUGAAUGAAAAUGUGACCGAAGAGUGGCUCGAUAAGAUCAGUUCCCCCGUGUACUUGGAUCGGGUGGUCGUCAUGGAAGAAGAAAUGGUUCAACUCCGACGAGAUAUCCACUCUCUGGGUGAGGAUGCCAAUGACGAGAAGACACAAGAGAUCCGUCUUCAAGUAGAGGCCCGCAUCCGCAGCCUUGACAUCUUGGUCAAGAGCGUCGAGAAAUUUCAAGAAGAGGUGGACAGUCUCACCAAGUGGAUGGAUGAAGUCCAUGAGUUCUUACACGCGGAGGAUCCAGCAUUUGGUGAUUUGAAAACGUUGGAUGCCCAACUAAAAGAAUCGAACGCUCUUCAGGACGACAUCCAGACUUUGAAACCCAACAUUGUUGGUACGAACGACAGUGCCCGGACUAUUAUCGCCAAAUGUGCACAAGGCUCAGAAAUGGCCCAAGAAAUUCGUCAGCAACUCGAGUCUGUGAACGCUAAGUGGGAGGAAACGGUGUCGGCCUCGAAGAUACAAAACCAGAAACUCAGCCUUUGUCAAAGAAAAUCGAGUGAGCUCGUGGAGUCGGUCCAAGAAUUGAACCAAUUAUUGGAGCAUCUGCACAAAGAUCUUCCCAACGAGAAUGCCAUCACCCAAGCAGGUGAGCUCUCUCAACGAUCCUAUAAGUUGAUGCAAUUGAAGGAAAGGAUCGAGCGAAAGAAAUCUACUUUUGACCAUCUCAAAGCGUUGGGGGAGGAAUGCGUCAAGGAUUUCGGCCUAACCGACGAUCAAGACAAUGACCUGGUCAAGCAAUUUUCUGAAGUCAUUGGCAAGUAUGAGGAAUCGUCAAGUCAAGUCCAGGACCGACAUGCCCAAUUAAAGUCAGCUUCCCUCAAAUAUGGGGAGUUCAAGACAUUAGCCGCUCAAGAAUCAGAUUGGUUAGAGCGGCUCGAAAAAAAGCUGAGAAAGCCCAUGAAUUCGGCUGCCGAUGCCGAAGAGAUUUCCGAAGAGUUGGAUGACAUCGAAAAUUUCUUGAACAACCACCCCGAAGAGAGGAUGUCCAACCUGGAAGAACUGUCCAAAUGUCUCGGACAACAAAACAUCCUCAUUCCAGGAGUGACUAAUGAUGCCAAAAAGUUGAAGGAGAGAUGGAAUGAAUUGUCUUUGCGAGCCAAAUCUCGGACAAAAGUUUUGGAAGGCUCGAUUGUAGAGGCUCAGCAAUGGGAGUACAAGUUAAUCGAGGUCCAAGAAUGGCUCAGUGAUAAAGAUACUCUCCUGACUUCGCAUUUAGAGCAAGAGCUCACGGUUGAUGAUCUCCCAGAUGAAUCUCAGCAAAUGUUGCGCGAAUUCGAAGAUCAAGAAAACAUUUUGUCAGAAAUGGAUGAACAAGUGGACACGUAUCGGGAGGCUGGAAAACAGGAGGCUGCAGCUCGCCUGGAAGACCAACUUCAUCUAAUCCAUCAGAGGUUUCAAGAGCUCCUUAUGAAGUUUGAGCUGUUCCAACAGCAACCACCAGUGGAAUAUGAGCCUCGUUUGGAUCGAGUUCAUCGCCAGCUCCGGGACAUUCGUCAAAACAUUUAUCUCACUGAUUUGGCCUCGUCGGAAGUGGAGGGCAUUCAAGGACAGCUGCACCAUGCCAAAUGCAUUUAUAAUGCUCUCUCCGAUAUCAAACCUGAGGUGGAAAACGUCAUCAAAAUGGGCCGUAAACUCGUGGACUCGGAUGCCGUUGAGAAUGGGCCAGCCUUGACGAAGAAGAUCGACGCCUUGAAAGCAGACUUCAAUGAAGUGGGAGCGCAGGUGACGGAUGCCAAGCGAGUUUUGGAGAAAUCUCUUAUAUUAGCCGAGCAACUUCAUGACGUUUUAAAUAACGUUCAAUCCUGGUUAGCUCUCAGUGACAACCAACUUGGUGCCUUGGAGAAAAAGAAAACGGUCACUUUUCUUCAGGAAAAGCAUAAGGAGAUGUUCAAGAUCAAGGAUCAGCUCAAAUCGAUUCAAAAAAUUCAAGAUGACUUCUUCCAAAUGGGAAAUCCCAAAGUAUUAAUUGCUCUCAAAGAGAGCGUUCGUGGGGUGGAGAGUCGAUGGGCCAAAGUGGUGGCUCGGAUGCAGAAGCAGCUCCAAGAUUUUCGUAAAGCAGAAUCCGGCUCGAAGAAGACCAAAGAUCUGCAAGAUCUCAAUUUUGAAGUUCACAACCUCGUCUCGUCCCGCGAACGAACCAUAUCUGUUGGUCAGGAAGAACCUCAAGUGCUCCAAGAUUUCCGACAAGCCUUCCAAAGUGCGUCCAAGUGGCUCGAGUCAGCCGAGGGCAAGUUGAUUCACCCCAACCAAACGGAGCACCUUCAUUCCGAGGUAGAAUCCUGGCGACCCAAAAUAAUUGCCUUGAAGAAAUUGGCCGAACAGUCUUUGAAGGUCUCGGCCGGGCAGCAAGAAGAUGUGCAACCGGAAAUGCUCAAACUUUGCCAGCGUUGGGAAAUGGUGGAACGAAAAUCGGAGGAAACUGCCCCCUUGGGCCGACCUCCCUCCACCAAUGGGAAUCGAGACUCCAGUCGGGGAAAUUCGAUCUCCCAAUCAACUCAUCUCUCAGCUCUACACAGUGCCGGAACCUCGAGCUCAGAAAUGGACGAGGAAGUGAUUGAUACUCUACCGGAGGAUGAUGACAACUUCUCUUCGUCCACUUCUUCCCACCUCAAGCGCCAUCUUCCCGCCGAUCUGAAUUUGUCCGAGAGUAAGAAGGCCCUGGGCGAACUCAAAGAGCCCUCAGCUUUGCUCUCAUCGCGAGAGUCAUCCCCGGAGUUGAAAUCUCACGACGAUUCGAUAGUAGUACCCGUGGAGAAUCCGAAUCUGAACAAUGGAAUUGCCACGAAAAAGGAACCACCCAAAACUCUGCCCAAGCCUUUGAUGUCCCCUUCAAAAUCGCCUCCCAAGAUAUUACCCAAACCCCCCACUCCGGAAUGGUUUGCCGAAGAAAAAGAACGGUUCUCACAAUCGCCCGAGAAAGUGUUGGUAGUCACCAAGACCAUUCCAUCGGUCCAAAAGGCAGACUCUCCCGUUCGCUUGGCUUUGAAAUCGUCUAAUGGCAAUAGCCACGUCCAUGGAUCCAUCCCACCCGAGGAGCCCAUUGUCGUGGAAGAUGAGGACGAGCUGUUGGCCAAAGAGACGGUGGCUAUCGAAAAGAUUCUUAGUGAGACUCAUGCCGAAUUGGCGGAGGUCAGACGGAAGGCCAGUUAUUCGAGAUUUGGAGCCACUCUGUCUCAAGAGAACCAAAGCCGUGAGACCAAAGAAUUCGAAGAGAACGUAUGCGCAAUGUUGGCCAAACUAGACAGAGCCCGCGAGAAGAUCAAUCAGCUCGAUUCCGAGAAAGACUUGCGGCUUCGUCAGGACCUGAUUGAUAUGGAAACAAAGUUGAUCGAAGCCGAAGUAGCCACUCUCAUUUCUCGGGGAGAUACCUUAGUGUUAAUGAUUCAUCGGCAAGAUCUCGAAAUGGCCGACCGUCUUCAGGCCAAAGUGAAAUCCCUAAGGCACAGUUGGCUGAGUCUCAAGCAAAUGGCCGAGAAAAAGGCCUCGUCCGCGCAAGCUAGUGAGGCAUCCGCUCAAGAUCUUAAUGUCAAACUGGAUGCGUUGAAAAAGUGGUUUGAUGAAGCCAAUUCCAAGCUCUUACGGGCUCAAUGCUUAUCUAUGGAAUUCCUGAAUCAAAUCGACCAGAAGAGAGAUUCCAUGAACGAAGUCAACAACAUUGCCAACACGUUAAAGAGUGAAAAUGCAUUGGAUGCCCAUCAAGUUGCCCUGAGUGUUGUCAAUUCCCAAUGGGAAAAGCUGAGUAGUCGAGCCAGGCAGUAUCCAUUGAAGAGCCAAGAAAUGGCCUCCACCGAGUCCCCCGGGAAAUCUUCGAAUAGCAGUGGCACUCCAGGUCGAAAUGCUGCCGAAGAGAUCGUGAUGCGAAUCACCAAAAUGAGAGAGGUCGUGGCGGCCAUUGAUCGCCAGUUGAAAACUCAGGUCUUGUCCAGUAAACAAUAUGAGAGUCUCCCCUUGCAGGCGUCUGCCCUGGAAACUGUCAAAGAAGCCUUGGAGAAGCUCCGUCCUUCCAUUAAGAAGACCGCCAAAGAUCUUGACGUACUCACAGGCUCGCUGUCGGUGGAAUAUCUCGAGCGAAUUGUGGGGCAGAGUGAGAAACUCAAAACCGAGUGGCAGGGAGUGAACAAGAAAUAUGGAGAGAGACACGCCACAUUCGUCGCUUCCAAGGAGAAUAUGGCCUCGUACGAGCUCAAACUCCGUGAGUUGGAUGGAUGGCUCGAUCACACGGAGCGCGUCCUGGUUCAAAGUCCAGCCAAUUCCAAGGCCAUUCAGGAGCGACAGCAGAUCGAGCGACAAGUUUCAGAUAGGAAUAAGGCUGUCACUGAAUUUGCCGUCCUGGGUAAAGAAAUAAUGACCAAGACCUCGGCGCAAGAGCAUCAUGACAUCCAGAAUCAAGUGGACAAGGUGCUGAAGCGAUGGAAAUUCGUGCUCUCCCAUUUGGCCACCCAUCGCGACAAAAUGAAUCGGGAUCGGAUCAUGAACAACUUGAACUACAUCAACCAUUGGGUAGACGAAUCCAUGGAGAAGAUGGACCGCCCUUGCAAUCCCAGCGACACGUCCGAUUUGACGCGCGCUUUGGAACUGGUCAAGGACACCUUCGAGCCGAGCGUGAUCACGGAAAAGCGAAUGCAGAUGGACAAGCUCUGUGAUUCGAAUAAUACCUUGUCCAGCGACAUGGUUCAGAAGCUCAAUCUGACUUUCAACCAACUGGUCGAGCAGAGAUUGCCACAAAAACGGCGAGAACUUGAGGACCGAUUCGAGUCCUUGAAGGACUUGAUCUCGAGUGUGAUAACUAGUAACAUGUGGACGAAACAAAUGCUGAAUAAGGUUGAAGAUGCCAAAAAGGACUUACUCCAUUUCAAGUCUUCCGAAAGUGCUGUGCCUAGUAAAUUUAGACAAUCAAUCAAGGAGAAAGAGCCCGAAAUUUUAGUCAUCUUCCAACGCUUCGAUAUGCUCGUCCAGGAGACGGAAGAGAAAGGCUUCGUUGUCGAAGAGGAUCUAGCUCAUCGCGUGACCACGUUGAGGAACAAGUGGAAUCAACUUGCCGAGGCUGUCGUGACCCAACCCAAUCCAGAGUCGCCCACCAAAAAAAUGGUGAAUGGGCCGUCGACAAAUGGUAACUCUUCCAAAUCAGCGAGUGGUAGUGGCAGCAGUAGUGGCUUUCCCACUGGAAGCAACACUGCCCAUGGAUCGUCCCACAAGAGGAAACAUUCGCCGAAUGUGGUGAAGACCGACAUUGUUCAGAAGACUUCCAAAUCCGUCGAUGCUACCACACGACAUCGAGCACCGGAGAUCUACGCCGCCUUGCGCGAUCAUCGCGAUUGGAUCCAUCGGAAACGAGGCGAAUUGGCAGCUCUGAAUCUAUCUGGUGAUGUGGAUGAACUAUCCCGUCAAUCGAAGGAGCACUCCUUGUUCAGCCAACAAAUUGAGGAGCGGAGACCAAUUAUCUUCGACGACAUCACCAGUGGAAAAGAACUGUCCAGAGAGGAUAUUCGUGAAUUGAACGAAAUGGAAGUGAAUCAUAACACUUGGGUAAACGAUGCGGCGCUCCAUCGACGAUACAACAAGGAUACCGAGACGGAUCUCGAGCAUCUUCAAACCAUUUCGUGCGAAGUGAAAUCCCUCCAAGACAUGCUCGACUCCCUCCGAGAGCAAACCCAUCGACUUCCACCCUUGAGCCCUCCGUUAUCUCUGGAACUGGAGCGAUUGCAAGAGCGACUAAAGCAGCUUCAGCAAGAGAUUCAGACUGAUCAAAAGCGUGUCCUCAACCAUGGCAGUUCAUCGUCGUCCUCGUCACGUCUUCCGACCGCCACACCCAUGGACGAGUGUCCUGCGAGUGAGAUGGAAAAGUUCAAUUCCGUCUUGCCCUCAGGAUGGGAACGCGGGCUCACCGACGAGAAAAUACCUUACUUUAUGGACCACAACCACGAGAUCACCCACUGGGAUCAUCCCAUGUUUUCGGACCUCAUGCAAUCAUUGGGCGACAUCAACACCGUCAAAUAUUCCGCAUAUCGCCUGUCUCUCAAGUUGCGAAAGAUUCAACAAAAGCUUUGUUUGGAUCUCCUCGAGCUUGAGACUGCCGUCUUAGGUUUUGAAGAGCACGGCCUGACUCAAGAUCGGCAUGGCAUGACCAUCGAAGUCCCAGAAAUGACCCUCGUUCUCACGUCAAUCUAUGAGACUCUCCACGAGGAGGAGCCGGAUGAAGUCAAUGUGGCCUUGUGCGUGGAUCUUUGUCUCAAUUGGCUGCUCAAUGUAUACGAUGGUGCGAGAUCCGGACAAGUGCGCGUGUUGGCUCUAAAGAUCGGGAUCCUUCUUAUGUGCCGAGGUCCUUUGACCGAAAAGUACCUUCACCUCUUCAAACUGGUGGCCCAAUCUAAGGUGGUGAGUCCGGCUCAGCUGGGCAUUCUCCUCCAUGAUUGUAUUCAAAUCCCGAAAUUCUUGGGAGAAGUGGCCGCUUUUGGGGGUCCCGACGUGGAACCCUCCGUCAGAAGCUGCUUCUCUCUCCAUGCUAAACGCGAGUCACCCAAUCACGUGGAUGCAAAACAGUUUCUGAAAUGGUUGAGGCAAGAGCCUGAAUCUUUGGUGUGGCUUCCCGUGCUACAUCGCUUAGCCUCGGCGGAAGGGGCGAAACAUUCGGCCAAAUGCGGUGUAUGCAAACGCUCGCCCAUUGUGGGAUUCCGAUACCAUUGCUUGAAGUGCUUCAACUUUGAUUUGUGUCACGAUUGCUUUUUCGUGGGUAGAACUGCUCGUGGUCACAAGGCGGAACAUCCCAUGCAAGAAUACUGCACGUCCACCGGAGCCUCUGUGAAUCUCAAGAACUUCGGAACCGCCUUCAGAAACUCGUUCCGCACAAAGAAAUACUUCAAGAAGAAGCAAGAUAAGCUAGGCUACCUCCCUGUCAAAUCGAAUCGAUCGACCAACGGCUCGGAAUUCCAAUAUCAAACUUCGGCCGAGACGUUGGACCACAAUAAUUCUUCCUUAGACUCGAGAGGAGAUCUCAGCUCGUCAUUAAGUAGCACCCUUCAUCCUAAGCUGAUAGAGCCAAAUCCCCAAGACAGCGCAAGGACGACCCAAGAGAUCCUCUCCACAGCCCAUGGAAAACGUCCCCCCGUUGGUCAGGACGAUGAACAUUCUGUGAUUGUCAAAUUAUGCGAUAUUCUCCAUCAAGUGAGUGACGAAGCAGUAGAAGACGGGUUUUCGGAUCACGAUGACACCACCUCGGAGACCCAAAAUCACUCGACGUCGUCGGUGUUAACGAGUCCCAAUUCGACCCUUUUGCGACGCUUGGAUGAGGGCGAGAAUUUGGAGACCAUCAUUGAAGAGCUGGAAGAGCAAAAUCGGGUAUUGCACGAGGAAUACGAAAACCUCCGAGCCACGUUGUGGGCUGAGAAACAGCGCGACGCCCAAGUGGAUCAAGAAAACAACCCGAUUCCCCCAACAGAUUCCUUGAAGAGCGAGACCAAACGCUUGAAGCGAGACAACCAGCGGACCGAGGCCAGAAUGAGGAUCCUGGAAGAGCACAAUGUCCAAUUGGAGGCCCAACUCAGCCGGCUGAGGAGGUUAGUGAGUUCCACUGGGGAGAUGGAUUGUGCUGAGAUGAGCGGAAAUCGCUUUGGCACAUUGCAAUCCAAAGCCGUGGUGGCCACGGACCUAUACUCACACGAGCCUGUUACUUCCGCGGAAUCAGGUAUUGCCAAGCACCAAAGAGAGCCUCCUCCCACGCGAAUGGCGACCACCGAUACCGUGGGCGAGGUCCAUAGCAAGAUCAACAAUCUUGUACACCAACUUCAACGUGAUCUCACGGACGACGAGAGCCUGGAUUUAAGUGAUCAUGAUACCCAAAGGGUUUUGGAUUGAUGCCAGUCACUCACCUUGAUUGAUAUGUGAUACUUUUGUCUAAUACUUGCACACCUACUGCGGCCCUUCCCCAUACUUGUGGUUCGCAAAUACACAAUAAAAAUAUGAAAUCAGAAUUACAUUCAU